UGGUAACGCUAGACCAGGAAGUAAAAAUACAAAGUUCGUCAUGUUAAAUAGUACAGAUUUAUAAUUUGUUCACGAAGAGUGGUGGUGCACAACAAGUAAAUUCUGUUAAUGAAAAAUUCCAUCAAGUUCCUUGAGCAUGGACCCCCGACGUAGUGCCCAGGAUGUGUUACGGUGUGAUCUCUGUGAGACCCCAGUCCCCCCUCCAGAAUGUAUGUGUUGUGACAUUUGUGACAACUAUCUGUGUAGCCCAUGUGUAGGUAAGCAUCUCUCAGAUAUAUCCAAAGAACACAAAGUGGUGCCAUUUGAAAAGCGAGGUUCAACUACGAAAUGUCAAAACCAUUCCUCAAAAAUAUGUGAACUUUUCUGUAAACAAUGCGACAUUCCUAUUUGUGUAAAGUGUGCUUCUUCUAAAGAACACAUAAGUCAUGAAUUUAUUGAAAUUGUUGAAACACUAGAACACCAAAAAGAAAUCAUACUCAAUGAUUUGCAAGAACUGGAAAAAUCUGUCUAUCCUAAAUAUCAAGAGAUUGCAUCUAUCAUCCCAGUUAUGAAAGCUGAUCUGAAUGAAAACUCCAAGAAACUAAUAAAAGCUAUUGACAAACAUGGAGAAGACUUGCACAGAGAAAUAGACACCAUAAUCAAGAAACUGAAAUCAGAUCUUGAUGAAAUGGACUCCAAUUAUCUGACUGUACUAAAUAAACAGGAAAAUGAAAUCACCCGCAAUAUUUCUAAAAUCAAACAGAGCAUUGCUGAUCUGAAGAAGUUACUAAACUCAAAUGAUGUCAGUAUCAUCUCUGCGUAUAAAUCCAGGAAUGCUGAAUUUAGAAGAUUGCCUCCUAAACUCACAGCUACCUUACCAAAAUUUACCCCUGAGAAAAUAAACAAAGAACAGCUUAAUGAACAGUUUGGUUCUCUGUCAGCGUUAUCUAUCAAAACAGACAAACAUGGAUACACAACGGAUUCUCCGGCUGCUGAGUCCUCUUCCCCGAACAGACAGUUCAUUAAUGAACCACGGGUCAUCACAGAUAUAAAUACUGAUAUAAGAGCUGGUUUACGCCAUGUGUCCUGUCAGAUUGAUGACGAGAUUUGGGCGUGUGGUGAUGACAAAAUGAUGAGACUCUACAACUUGCAAGGCAAACUAGUGAAUUCAGUCCAAACCAAGUCAGGGAACAAUCCACGAGACAUAGCAGUGGCAAGGAGUGGGGAUCUAGUUUAUACAGAUAAAGAUGAUAGAACUGUAAACAUAAUAAAGAAUACACAGAUACAGACAGUGAUCAGACUACAGGGGUGGAGACCUUUCGGUGUCUGUAGUACCUCCUCUGGUGACCUCCUGGUUGUCGUUAUCAGUGAUAAUAAUAAACAAACAAAAGUUGUGCGUUACAUUGGCUCCAUGGAGAAACAAAGUAUUCAAUACAAUGACAAAGGACAGCCUCUCUAUUCAACACAUACCCUAAAAUACAUCUGUGAAAACAGAAACCUAGAUAUCUGUGUGUCAGACUAUUGGGCCCAUGCAGUAGUGGUGGUCAACCAGGCCGGGAAACUUCGCUUUACCUACACUGGUAAUAGCUCUAGUGCUACCUUGGGAUAUCCACGCCACAUCACUACAGACAGCCAGAGUCGCAUCUUAAUAGCAGGCAGCAACAACUGCAUCCACAUCCUGGACCAGGAUGGCCAGUUCCUCCGCUCCAUUGACAACUGUCAAUUACAGACUUUGUGGGGUUUAUGUGUGGACUCCAGGGACAACCUCUUUGUGGCCGAACUUUACACAGGCAAUGUAAAGAAAAUACCAUAUUACAAAUAAAAAUGUGUUAAUGUCAACAUAACUACUUUGAGACUAAUCAUAAAUGUGAUGAUUAAAUAAGCCUUAAUUUGUAAAUAUAUUCUUGUAUAACAGAUGUAAACAAACUGAGUGUAUUUAAACAAUAAAAUGCUUUCUUUGGUGAUUCAUUCGGGAUAUGAAGGUAGCGACAUUGCAGAAAAAUACAUGACCCGCGUUAACGGGUCAUGUAAUUUUUUUCUGCAAUGAUCGAUACCCUCAUUACCCGCAUGAAUCAUCAAAGAAAGCGUUUUAUUAAUUAUAUUAACAUCUUUCUUUUUUAAUUAAUAAAUUGAUUAUGAAAAGUUAGAAAAGUUCACUAAAUUACUGUAAAUGUACAUAAGUACGUUAGCUAAAAGAAACAGCCAAAUCGUCUCCUGUGAGACUUUGAGUCUGAUAUCAUCAUGAUUAUUUUGUGCAGUCCGUGAUUUUUCUUAGGUUGCUGGUGGCUUCGACCAAUCGAUAAACAGGACGUGUCUAUUUUAUUCCUGUCACUUUCUUGUCAGUUUCAGCAGCAGUAGAUUUCGACCAAUCGAUAAACGGGGCAUAUAGAUUUCAGUCUGGCUGUUUCUAUAGAGCUAUGAAUUAACUAUAUGUUUCUGUAAGAAAUAGAGGAAAUAAUACUUUAGUAAGUAGAUGUUAAUAUAUUCAUAUAACCACUGUCGUGUAUCCGC